AUGGCCAAGAAGUCAAAGCCUACUUUACGUGAGCGCAAAGCGCUUCAGGCGCUUCAAGAACAAUCUGCGCCAGCGCUCGCCCCCCCGUCGACUGAGGUCGAUAUGGCAGACAUGGAGACUCCUCUUGAUCAGCAGGACACUCUUGAAGAGUUCGACGCCUCGCGUGAAAUCGCCGCCAUCAAGACACGCCUCGACCGACAGGAUGGGGAUACCGAAGAGAACCGCGAACUAAUCACUAUAGCCGGUGCCAAAAUUUUCGAACUGGAGCCUGUAGUCAACAAGAUGGAGGAUGAGUUUCCGGAUGUCAAGGAAAAGCUCCGCGCUUGCAAGAAAACGCUCGACGGGUUCUCAGAUGACCUCGACGAUAUGGCUAGAGUCGACAGUGCCAAGUGGAGCCGUAUCAACGACCGUGAAGACAACGCGCAGCUCAAGGCCGACAUGGCCAGUAUCAUGCGUCGACUUGCCGCAAUCGAGGACGUCGUCCUCCCGGACAUGUGCGAGGCGGCCGAGAAGAAGUUUGGACAAAUGGGCGUCUCAGAUACUCAGUGA